CUAAUCUCAGAAUCAGCAACACGAAAUGUUUCUUCUUCACUCUCUUAGCAAACACGUGUUCUUCAGCAUCUCGAUUUUCACGGAAAAGAAAGUAAAAUACGAAAACAAAAAUAGAUUCCUUUGCCGUCAUGAAGAAUUUGUUUCCGUUUCUGGACGCUCUCUCACUUCGUUCCGCAUUAAUCUCUCGUCGUUGUCUCGUCAAGAGAUGGUGUUUCUUUGCCGUUUUCUGAUUCUGAAUUCGUUAUGAUUCGAUCGUUACAGAGGUUUAGCGAUUGAUGAUGAAGACCAGAUAGAAUUAAAAUUAUUGAUCGUGUUGCUUAUUUGAUGUGAUCAUGGGUGACUUUUCAUGGAUUUGUUGCUAAAUUAUUAAAAUUUAGAAACUCAAUUGUGAAUUUUCGUUUUCAAAGUGGGAAAGCUUUUGAUGAAGGAGGGUCACGGCUAGGAGAUUAUGAGUUUGAGAAUUGUUGCUGAAGCAGAACACACCUCACAAGAGCCUUAGCAACAAGAAGCAAACAAAAAAUGGUCGAGACGCGAGCUCAGCAUCGCAGGCGAGUGACAUCACUGACAUGGAAUAAGGUAGAAUCCAACCAGGAUGUCUUUCAAGACGUCUUAUCUCGACUCUCAGUAAGGUCUAUCCGUUCAUUCAAAACGGUUAACAGAUACUGGCAUGCCUCAGUUAGCAACAAACAUUUUGCUACGAUACAGCUCGCUCAAUCGAGAAAGAAGCCCUCAUACAUAGCUUGUCCUAGAGUAGACAAGGCUAUGAAGUUGUACUUGUUGAAGCCAGGGAAGUUCAACUAUCGACACCAUGCUACAGUUGAUCCUCCGGGAAGAAGCGCCGAUCACCACAUGCACAUGAUAGCAUCGUUCAAUGGAUUAGUAUGCUGCAUCAACCAACUUUCUGAUGAACAUGAAGUAGAUUAUCAGAUAUGGAUCUGCAAUCCUUCUACUGAAGAAACUCUGCUUCUUCCUCAAGGCAGACCAUCUGUUUGGACUGAACCAAGUAUUGGAGUUGCAUAUGGUCCUGACAUUAGCGAGUACAAAAUUUUCCGCAUAUUCUGUGUCGGCAAGAGAAACGCUGGAAAAGGGGAUUAUCUCUACGAAUGUGAGGUGUAUUCAUCUAGCACUGGUGCAUGGAGGGGCAUCGGCCCUGUGCUUCAUCUUCCAAUGUAUGUUUGUUUCAGUCCACACAGAUCCGGUCAUGUCUUUGCAGGAGGGAAGAUCUACUGGCUGGUUUCUCUGGAAGAUCCUGCAGGUAUAAUGCUCUCUGUGGAUAUGGAGGAGAACUUCGAAGUUAUGGAGCUGCCUUACUAUUCAACAGAGCUGCGUGAAGAAGACAGGAUAACAGUUGCUACGUAUCUGAUAAACCUGGGAGGAUCUCCGUCACUGGUAGUUCUACAUGCGGAUUACUUUGACGUAUGGGAGUGGAAAGAAGCUAGUUGGGUAUUUGUAAUCGCAGAUGAGUUUGAUUUCAUGGACUUUGCUGAAAUUGUAUUAUUCAUGACCUCGUCAGAGAAGGAGAUCCUGUUUGUGACUGACUCGCACUUGUGGACUUAUCAUUUGGAUACUAGAAAGUGGAAAAAAAGGGGCAGGCCUCCUACUCGAUUUACGAAUCCUGCUAUCUUCCCCUUCACCGAAAGCCUUCUUCCAUGCAAUGGAGGGGUUAGGCUAGAUGGAAGGUGAAGAAGAGUACUUAUCAUCUCUGGCUUGUUGGUGGUGCUUUGAUUUAUCUUGCAGAGGCUGUGUUUCUCACUGGAUAGAUACUCUUUUUAUUUUUCCGUUCUAAAACUUUUCAUUUCGUUUAAGGUUUCUGGUGAGAAGCUGACUAUUAGUGUUGUUGUGGCACUCUGUUUCCAUUUGUUUCGUACUUAAGAUUCUGAAAUGUGCUUUAUUAUUACUCAGAAUAACAUCCAGUAUUAUCAACC